UGUUGCGGACUGCACCAUGAAGCUGGGAGACAAGUUCGGGGCGUGCUGGAAGACUUACCAGUCCACAACCGGCGUACUGAGGAGAAUCGGCAAGGGGGCGGACGUGAGGGCCUUCUGCAAGGCUCACAAGACCCUGUACAGCUGUUACUAUGACAACGUGGACAGCCUGUGCGCCGGGGAUCCAGACUUCCUCAACUUCAAGGCCAAGCUGCGCGACGACGUCGGCGGCGUGAGCCGGAACUGCAGGCUCGGCCGUAACGGGGUCCGGCGGGGACGGAGAGCUGUGCCGGCGGGGCUGGACGUCAGGAGUCCCGAGGAAAUCAUGCAGAUGUUACCUUAGAUUGAGAAGCUUGCAGAUAGAUGUGCCUUGCAGAUAGAUGUGCAAAAUUUUGGUGUGACGGGUCGUUCGGUGUAAUAUAACCAGCUGCUGCCGCGCCGCGUGCCUGCGAAGCUGGUGUGUUACGCCGAACGGCGGUUAUACAGGCUAUAUUGAUACAGAUACAGCUACAGAAGCCCCUCCCGAACCUCAAAUAACGCAAACAAUGUGGACAUUUGCAACAAUAAGGAGUUUAUGGCGUCAUACAAAUGACAGGGACUGUUACGUAGAAUUCAGAGUGAACAGCUGUCAUCAGCGCUGUACGCACAGAUACGCAUUACGCACAGUUCUGUAGAGAAGUGCGUUUUCUAAUGUUUACUACUUUAGAAUUUUGUCAUAUUACUGAUGUGUGAGGAAAGCGAUUAUUCCGGACGGUACGGCAAGCGGCCGCUGUGUCUAUCCUUAGAAGAGUUUCAAAACGACUGUGAAUGUUUAUAGUAUUAUACACUUACUCUAUUAUAAUAUUCGUGUUGUACGGCCAUGUUACAGGAAUGUUUGGACAAGGAAUAAAGGAAAUGAUACUUUGUA